CUAAAUCAAAAUUCUGGCCUGAAUUUCUGAGUUCUGCCAGGUAAAUUUGACAAGUAGAGAGAUAUGAUGAUGAAAUUUGUGAUAUCAAAUUCUCGAUUCCUACCACAUUCUGCAGAUUCAUCUCAUACUUGUUGUCUUGCAUCCUUCUUUGUUAUCGCAGUUUCUCACUUCUCCGCUAAACCUAACCCUAAUAUCCCCUUUAAACCCAAACCCCAAUUCUCUUAUUCCUCUAAUCCAGCUCAUGCUCGUCUUCAACAUUUACUCCUUGAGAAGUCCAAGGUUGGUUUCGAUAAACUCGAUGAUGCUCUCCAAGUGUUUGAUAAAAUGCUCCUUAUCAAACCUCUGCUUCCUGUUAUCAACUUUGCUCAACUAUUAGCUGCCCUUGUUAAAAUGAAAGAGUACUCCGUAGCUGUCUCCCUUUUUAGAAAGAUGCGUGUAGAAAGCAUCCCUGUUGAGAUAUUUACCAUUACAACUAUCAUCAACUGUUUUUGUCACUUGAAUCGUGUCGAUUUUGCCUUUUCAUUACUGGCUGGAAUCAUCAAGCACGGUUUUGUCCCUGAUGUGAUUACUUAUAACACUCUCAUCAGGGGCCUUAUUUCCCAAGAUAUGCUUCAAGAGGCUCAGCUUUUUUUCCAGAACCUCAUCAGAUUUCAACUCAUUCAACCCAAUGUUGUUACCUAUACAACUAUCAUUCACGGCAUCUGCAAGAGAGGGAAUCCUUCUGUGGCUGUUAAGUUGUUCAAAAUUAUGGAGAAGAAAGGUUGCAAGCCUAAUACUGUGACUUACAACACACUUAUUGACUGUUUGUGUAAGCAUAGAUUAGUUGAUCAAGCAUUGGGUCUUCUCCACCAAAUGACAAGGAAAGCAAUAUCUCCGGAUGUUAUAACCUACAACUCAUUAAUUCAAGGGUUGUGUGACUUUAAUCGAUGGCAUGAUGUCAAACAAUUGCUCAAGGAGAUGGAUGUUAGGAACAUUUCUCAAAAUGUUUUUACUUACAAUAUAUUGAUUGAUGCGUAUUGCAAAGAAGGAAUGAUUGAAGAUGCAGAGGAUGUGAUAGAGUUGAUGAUUCAAAGAGGCCGUUAUCCUGAUGUAGUCACUUACAGCUCACUCAUGGAUGGAUACUGCUUGCGAGGAGAGGUUGAUAAAGCAUUAGCAGUGUUUGAAAGCAUGAAGAGAAAGGGAAUAUUGCCGGAUACUCUUAGCUAUAAUAUCCUCAUCAACGGUUAUUGUAAAAAGUUUAAAGUGGACAGAGCCAUAGAUCUUUUUCAACAAAUGCCCUCUGAAGGUUUAACCCCAACUAUUGAGACUUACAGCACUAUAUUGCAAGGUUUUUUUCAUGAGGGUAGACAUGUUGAAGCACGUAAAUUUUUUAAGGAAAAGAUGAUUAACCAAGGUGUUGAGUUGGAUAAAGUGACAUGCCGUAUCUUGUUGCAUGGUCUUUGCCAGAAUAGUUAUGUUGUUGAAGCACUAUCCUUUUUUCAAAUACUGGAAUCCAGGGGGUUAGUUCCUGAUAUACAUGUUUACAAUAUUCUGAUUGAUGGACUAAGCAAAAAUGGACAUCUAGAGAAUGCAAGAAGGCUUUUUGACAACCUUCCUUUGAAUGGUUUGCUGCCUGACGUCAAGACAUACACAAUGCUGAUCCAAGCAUAUUGUCAUGAAGGGUUAUUUGAGGAAGCGAAUGAACUAUUCAGGAAAAUGGAAGCAAAUGAUUGCUUGCCUACUGAUGUAACCUACAACAUACUAAUCCGAGGUUGUUUACCCAAUAAGAAGUACUAUGAAGCAGGUGUACUCCUGGAUGAAAUGCGUAGUCACGGCUUUGCAUCAGAUGCAUCUACCGCAUCUGCUUUCCUGGAUUUACUUGAAGUGCAAGAACAGGAUCCCGCUCUCCUUGCUUUGCGCAAGAAGUACUCGCCAUAAGUGUAACGAAAGGAGAGAGUGGAAAUCAGGAAUUAACCGGAGAUUUGAUUUUGUUUGAACGAGAAUUUAGGAGGAAAUAUACAUGCAAGUUUGUGAUGGAUGCAGGAUACAACAUUGUGUUCAUUUCACGACUUUGCAGCAAUCUACUGCAUCUGCUUUCCUAGACUUACUUGAAGUGCAACAUCUGGAUCCUGCUCUCCGCAACUGCUUGCCAGAGAGUGGUAUGAUACAUCAUAAUCUAUUUACUUUGCCAACAUGUUUGGAGGGAAUUUGUAGGAAUUCGCAAUUAUAAUAAUGAUUUGCGGUAUCAACAGGCUCAACUAUUAUUAUGUCAGUUGUCAAUGCUGUAAAACUUUCACUUCUCCUGUCGAUUACUUUAUUUUCUUCCAUGUACUGCACUUACAAAUUGUUGGGAUUAAUUUGAUACGGAGUAUAAUUUUUUUAAUUAUAAUGAAGGUCCUUUUUCGGUUU